ACCGGCCCUCAGGAAUCCGACAUUGCAUUUUCAUCAGGAGACACAAAAUCCCCAAAUUCAAAACCCUAGAUCUCUCUGUUUAAAAUGUCGGGUCGUGGAAAGGGAGGCAAGGGGUUGGGCAAAGGUGGAGCGAAGAGGCACAGGAAGGUUCUCAGGGAUAACAUCCAGGGCAUUACGAAGCCUGCGAUUAGGCGUCUGGCCAGAAGAGGCGGUGUCAAGAGGAUUAGCGGCCUUAUCUACGAGGAGACGCGUGGCGUCCUGAAGAUUUUUCUCGAGAACGUUAUCCGUGAUGCCGUCACGUACACUGAGCACGCCCGGAGGAAGACGGUCACCGCCAUGGAUGUCGUUUAUGCCCUCAAGAGGCAGGGAAGGACUUUGUAUGGUUUCGUUUCAAAACCUUACAAGGGAGAUUCUGGUUUGUGCGUGAAAAUGUCGGGUCGUGGAAAGGGAGGCAAGGGGUUGGGCAAAGGAGGAGCGAAGAGGCACAGGAAGGUGCUUCGGGACAACAUCCAGGGCAUCACGAAGCCUGCGAUUCGGCGUUUGGCGAGAAGAGGCGGCGUCAAGAGGAUCAGCGGCCUCAUCUACGAGGAGACGCGUGGCGUCCUGAAGAUCUUCCUCGAGAACGUCAUCCGUGACGCCGUCACUUACACGGAACACGCCCGGAGGAAGACCGUCACCGCCAUGGACGUCGUUUAUGCCCUCAAGAGGCAGGGGAGGACAUUGUACGGAUUCGGUGGUUGAACCGGUCUUUGGUUAGGUUUAAUGCUUUCUGGUUUCUGAGUAAUACAUUACACCUCAUUUUCUAGUGCUGAAUUUCUGUGAUGUAAAUUGAUUUGUUGAAUGAAUAGGCGGAUUUACUAGAUC